AUGGAUCUGCCCCCCGAUUCCACUUCUUCCAAGGCUCCGACGGCGUAUGUGAAAAUCAAAUGGAAGAAUAUCGCCAAGGAACACCAACACCUUUGCGACAAAAAUGGGAACAACUGGAACCGACGAACAGACCUCAAGACUCGAACGGGGGAGGAAAUGGCCCAUCUAAAGCUCAAGGAAGCGUGGAUCAGGCAGGAGAUACGAUACAAUAACUGGAUAAGAGGGGCAGAGGUCGGUACUGUAGAGCGCUCGCCCACGCCGUUCCCGCUCGACGAGUAUCGACGGAGAAGGGAGGAAAGUAGAGGUCCAUUGAAAGUGAGGCCUGGUACAACGAUAAAGCGCGAGGAAACCCCUCGUGCUUCAACAGAAGCAACAGAGGCAGCAAGCACUCCGAAGCCAGUUACGGUGGCAGAUCGCGUCGGAACAACGAGCAGAUCAGAAACCGAAGCCCGAGUUACCAGUCGCGCCGCAGAUAGGCAGACGAACAUGGAACAAGACUCAAGUGGCCAAGAAAAUAAUUCCGAGUCACAGUCGACUUUUAGCCAGAAGCAGUACAAGGAGGCGAUGAUAAAAGACAUGGGUCUAGACAUAAUGCGAAAGGAAGACAUGCAAGCAUAUGUGAAAGCGAUGGCACUGAUCCAAGCGGAAUAUGCCACCUAUAGGGCUUACAUGUUAAAACAUGGAGCUGUCGAGGUGGUUUGA